AUGAAGCCGUUUGUGGAUCCAAAUUUGCGGCCAAUUGACCCUCCGCCUUUUGAUGAUCCUUCAGAGCCGUAUUUAGAUGAAGCUGAUAUUCCAAAAGAUUGUUUUGAACCAAAUAAUUCUGUGUAUGCUGAAGAGAAUCUUUUAGACUCUGGGUUAAAUCCUGUUGGCAAACAAGCAUUAGUGACCCAACAAUCUCAUAAUGAGAAAGAAUCAAACAAAGAAUCAGACCAAGAAAAGACAAAGAAUCAACUUCAAAAUGCAAAAGAACCAACUCCGGAAGCAAUUGUUAUCGACAAUAAAACUGUGUUUAGUGCAGAAAAAAUUCUAAAACAUCGAAAAAGGAACGGAAAGGUCGAGUACUUGGUCAAGUGGCUCAAUUUUCCUAAGAGCCAAUCAUCGUGGGAACCGGAAGAAAAUAUUUUGGAUAAACGUCUCAUUGAUAAUUAUCUUCAGUCACCAAAAUAA